AGGAAUAUAUGUCAGAAAUAUAUUAAUCGCCUCCUCCCUCACUCCAAAUAUUAUUAAACUAUGCAUAAAACUGGAAAUGUGCUCUAUAUGCAACUAAGCCUGCUAUAAGUCACAAAACGCUUAACACAUAUUUUGGCUCUCUCUUGUAAAGAAAAUGUGCAAAAUGUUGCGGAAUCAGUAAAAACAGGGUCGUUCAAACGUCGCCUUAUGGCAUGUAAGUCGGAUCAAGGACACUUUAGAGUCCCUGGUCGGACUAAUACUACAAUGUUUGGGUCAUAUAAGGUUGACAACUGCAGGCGAUCAAAUCAAAUCCUAUGGUUAUCCAAUGCCUUGUGCCAAAAAUUAGAUUCGGUGAAAAGCAACCCGAACUAACUAAGUGCUUACACAGUGGGCUUUAAUUUGCGCCCAAUCAAGAGAUAAGAGCGGAAGAUAUUGGAAAUAUCGUCCAAUUCGGUAAGUUUGUGUUUCUUUGUCUUUCGUGCCAUCUUUGCUCUUCCAUUCGUUUGCUCCUCUUCGGUAGGUUCAUUCAUUGCUUACAUUACCCCUGACAGUGAGCCUUCGUUCUAGCUUCGUUUGAGAAAGCCACAUCCCAAUGGCCUUGCUGUGCAGAGCAGAGCAGAGCAGAGCACGCCAGUGGAGAUGUACCUACAUACUACAUAUCCUUUACGUAUGUAUGUACGCACGGAAGUCCAACAAGUCUAGCUCUGUCUAUUAGACUUGACUAAACGCUCUCAGUACUUGCGGUAUCAGAGACACCAGCAAUACCGUGUUCAGCAAGGUCUGACAAAUCAUGUUUUUGCUCCUUCAAUUGCCAUGAUCAAUCCGUGAUACCAUGGCCAUAGCCACUCCAUUGACAGUGAGGCUGGAGCCAGUUACGACCUUGUCUAGGGGGUCGUCGCCCAUUUCGAGUAAUGGAUCACCUGGAAUCAAAUGGAACGACGCAGUAUUGCCCGGAGCGGCUAAGGCCUUUUGUGAUGUUCAAGCGGCCAAUACCGCUGAAAUCUUUGUGCGGCACGUGCUCACCGAUCUCCAGCCCAGAGACGUGGACUCGAACACAACCUUGAAAUCGUUGUCCGAUUACUUCGUGAAAGCCGUGGAAACUCAAAUACAACUGAAAAGUGCGGGCGAUGGAAGCCUCAGCUUCUCUACCACUCCGCUACAAGAACGGCUGGAACUGAUAUCUUCCAAUCAGAACGCGGACAAUGCCCGGGUUUUAGAGGACCCGAGCGAAAACUUGGAUCAUGUCAACAGUCAUGAAUACCUGGCAGCCAACUCCACUAACAGCACAAACCAUGAAGAAUAUUUGAACUCGAAUGGCUUCGAUGACUCGUUGCCCAAGUAUAAGAACAUUUUCAGGAGGUUCUCCCUGAUGGGAUUGGCCAAGGGACGGGGCUUCAGUGUGUUUCACAAGCAACACUCCGAUGAGGUAGAGCUCUCUCAUUCCAAUGGGGAUACCUACCUAGUCUCUGGAAUGAGUGGCACUAAUAAUGGAGAACGCAGAAAGAUGAAGCUUUCUAAAAUCGUGGUUGAAGUGAUCAAAGAAGGAUUAGUAAACUUCAGUUCGGGCGGAGAUUCGGGCAUCUAUGAUGGCAAACCUCUUUGGCACAAGGGUCGAUUAUCAUUAGUUCGGGCGGCAGGUGGUUACAUGAUUGAGCUUUACUCACCCCCAAAGGCCAGUAAACCCAAGGCUGGUAUGCUUUGCCUGCUCGUGGCCGAGGCCAGGGAAACGUCAGCGUUGGAAAUGCCGGAUCACGAAAACACAUUUGUGCUGAAGGCAGAUGGCAUUGGGAUGAGUGCUGCCAACCAGGAGUAUGUCAUUGAAGUGACAGAUGGCGACGAUCUGAAAGCAUGGCUUCUAGCUAUUCAAUCGUGCAUGCAACCUCAAGGGAUCACACUGGACGAGUUUGCUGAGCGGAGAAGUCGGCUGGGCGGCAUGCCUGAGUCGCAGAGUUUGCAGUUUUUCAGAAGAGAUCCAAUGUCUCUGAAUUUGGGCGCCAACUCAAGCCCUUCUCAAAGACGAGGUUUGCCGGGUUCAAGUGCAGACACUCUCUCACACAACGGAACCGGAAAUGGAACCACCCAGGUUAUGUCACAUCACGGAGCUAGCAACGGUGGUGAUCAAGCCCCGCUAUCUUCCAUUACAUCAUCGAAUUCUUCCAACAACAACCUCAGCAAUAGGGGACCCCUUUCAUUGGGAUAUGACGACGUACCGGAAGUUGUCCUUCAAUUGGUAGAUUAUCCAUGGUUUCACGGGAACUUAUGUCGAGCUGAUGCAGCUCAAUUGGUUCUAAAUGCUUCCUUAAGACGGACAUCUACAAAUAAUACCUCAGAGCCAAUAUCCGGUGACCCGGGCAAUCCACCAAACUCCUCAUCACACCCAAAUCACGGCCUGUUCUUGGUCAGACAAAGCGAAACUAGAAGGGGCGAGUUCGUCCUCACUUUCAACUACCAAAGACGGGCCAAGCAUCUGCGGCUGAUCUUGAAUACCGACGGGCAAUGCCGCGUUCAGCACAUGUGGUUCAAUUCAAUCUUCGAUUGCUUGGAACACUUUCGGGUGCAAGCCAUCCCUUUGGAAUCGGGAGCCAACUCGGACGUGAAAUUGGGCGAUUUUGUGGUGUGCGUGGCGGAGAGAGGGCAGACCUCCAACUCUUCCAUGUCCGGGCACGUCAACGCGAUGGGGCGUGUUGGUGCCAAUUUACCUGAACCCAAUGAGGUCAUAACUCACAACGGUCCAAUCCGGACCUUGUCUCAGUCUUUGGAUAUCUUCCGGACCGACGGAUCGCGUCGCGCCAAAGAGAACGCCUACAGCUUCGUCUGAAGUGUCAAAAACCCUACCUAGUCACAAACCCAAUCACUUAGCUGGUUGUUGCUUAACCUCGAAUCGAACAGAUGUCACCCAAGCCCAAAGAAAAUGUCAGGAAAUAAAAGACUUUUGUAUUU